AUGGGUUUCUCUGCCCCAGGAAAGCCCAAAAUAACAGGAUGCCGUUCACCAGAUAAGGAAACUUUUACUUGUUGGUGGGCACCAGGGUCCUCUGAUGGACAGUCUACUAAACAUCGGCUGUUCUACAGGAAAGAGAAUUCUCCAGAUAUCCAUGAAUGUCCAGAUUAUGACACAGCAGGAAAAAACUCCUGCUUCUUUGAUAAAGGCCACACAUCUAUUUGGGUUAGCUAUAACCUAACUGUUGUGGCCUCCAAUGCUCGCGGUACCACUUUUUCUGACCCCGUGGAAGUGGACGUAAUGGAUAUUGUACAGCCUCACGCUCCAGAGAAUGUGACCGUGACUAUGAAGGAAGCAGAAAGCAACCCAUAUUUUGUUAUCCAGUGGGAGCCCCCGCAUGAUGCCGAUACUCGUUUCGGAUGGAUAACAGUCAAGUAUGAACUCCGAAUAACACAAGAGAAGGCUAACAAAACAGAGGAUUAUGACACUGACAAAAAGAGAGAGUUCAUUGUGUACAGUCUCCUCUCAGGAGAGGUCUAUGUGGUGCAAGUGCGCUGCAGACUGGAUGCAGGCCGCUGGAGUGAGUGGAGCACCCCGACUUUCAUUGAAGUGCCACACUAUGUUCAUCAGGAAACAUCUAUUCAGAUUAUCAUUGCCAUAGUCACAGCUUUCAUUUUUGUGGUAACUGUUGCAGUUCUCACCAUUAAGAGGAAACGUUUUAAGUACUGUCUACUGCCCCCUGUUCCUGCACCAAAGAUCCGAGGCUUUGAUGCGCAGCUGUUGAAGAAUGGGAAGCCUGAGGAGAUAUUCAGUGCCCUGAUCACACAAAGUUUCCCUCCAACAGUGCAGAACUCUGACUGCCUGGUGGAAUGUCUGGUGGUGUAUGACAGCGAGGAGGACUUGAUUUGCAAAAGACCACAGGAAAAGCAGAUUCAGAAAAUUUCUUCAGAUUCUGCACAGGACGUCUGCAGCAGCUCCAAACCAAUCAUGGGAAGAAGUCAAACAGAAAUGAGCGGCUCCCAAAGUGAGAAUAUUGGACAACUUCUCCAAGGACAACUCCCUAAAGACACUUGCGACAAACUUCACUAUAUCUCUAAGGGUACAAAAACAAGACCUGGAGACAUAUCCAUCCUACAAAGAGCCCACAACCACUACAGCACCCUUGAAUGGUCUCAACAAGGAAUUCAUCUAAGCCAAGUCGUCCAUCAUCCUAAUAACCAUCUGGACCAAAAUACAAUCAACCCUCAAUCAAAUUGUAAUAAAAAAUGUAACACUGAUGAAAAAAUCAACAUCAAACCUGCUGGAAACCCAGGUUAUGUCGAUGUUGAAGAGGAGAAACAAAACAGCAAGAUUGAGAUGCCCACAGUUGAAGAACAGGAUUACAGCAAAGUCAGUGGGAUUGUUAACGACAGUGUUAUCAUGUUACAAAAGGACUGUAACGUUUUUAAUCAGGGUCACCAUGGAGAAAGUUGUACCAAUCAGAUCCAGAACGUUAAAAAAAUGGAUAUGAAAGUUCCUCCUACGAAAAGCAUUAUGGAGCCUCAGGGCUAUGUGGAGACAGCCAUGGUACCGUUUUCAUGA